AUGCACACUCUCCCCACCCCCUUCACAAUCGAAAUCAACGGCCUCCCCAUCGCACCGCCCACCGCAGGCGCAGACUCACCGCCCCAAGCUACUCUCGGCACCGCAGACAAUGCAGCGAAGUUCAGUUUGAAAGACGGCGUGCUGGAGUGCGAGGGAUGGAUGCUGGGACGCAAUAAGACAGAGGAUAGGAGUUUGUUGCCGAAAAAGGUGGCGUGGUUUAGGGUUGGGGAGACGGAGAGGGAGCAGGUGCAUCCUGUGGCUGUGGAGAAGAGUGGAGAUGGAGAGGAGUAUAAACCGAUGUUUCAUGGCGCGCAUUUGCAGGAACAAGAUGGCAGCGUGUUUGCGAAUCUCAUGGAAGGCGAGCACUCAGAUCCAUGUGUCAUGAAGCAUGAUGCUAACGGCGAAAGUAGAAACGGCAACAGUGCAGGUGAAGAUGCAAUCGUAGAAGCAUUUAGACGGGCCAGAGCCGGAAAGCGCAUCCAUGUGCCCCAUGCCGAGGCUUAUCAGCCUUACGCGACGAGGGCGACGGCUCCGCAUCUUCAUCGCAUCAUGCAUGCCGUCUUCUCGUCCCAUCUAUGCUUGUUGAUGUCGUAG